GGGAGCCAAUCGGAUAUCAGGAAUGGGGCCCAUUGAUAACGCACAGCCAAUCGAAAGAGGGCUCCGUCUGACUAGCAGGGAGGGCAACGAUAAUAAAGGGAAAUGGCUGCUUGCAGAACGGAAGGAUAGAAUUGCAGCCAGAAGGAGGCACGUAGCUAAGGUGUCUCCUCGCCACAAAUGUCCCAGCAACGCGUCCUACCCCAGAGCAAAGAAACCCUCCUUCAGUCCUACAACAAGAGGCUGAAAGAUGACAUCAAGUCCAUCAUGGAUAACUUCACAGAGAUCAUCAAGACCGCAAAGAUCGAAGAAGAAACACAAGUAUUGCGGGCGACGCAAGGCGAGCAGGACAACUACGAGAUGCACGUCAGGGCCGCUAACAUUGUCCGUGCGGGCGAGUCCCUCAUGAAGCUGGUCUCUGACCUGAAGCAAUUCCUGAUCCUCAACGACUUCCCCUCGGUCAACGAAGCCAUCAACCAGCGCAACCAGCAGCUGCGCAGCCUGCAAGAGGAAUGCGACAAGAAGCUGAUCGCGCUCCGCGACGAGAUCUCCAUUGACCUCUACGAGUUGGAAGAGGAAUAUUACUCCUCCAGCUACAGCCUGUGUGACGCCAACGACCUCCCCCUGUGCGAAGCGUACUGGAGACCAGACCUCGCCGCGUCCUCCCCGGAAGGCCUCUCCACCCCUCUGGCCGCGGCCAUGGCGGAGCAGACCAUCCCUGCCCCACAGGGGGCCGCUCCGUCGCACCCUCACGUCAACGGGCACGGAGGAGCAGGGCCAACGGAGCACGCCUGAAAGGGACCCACUCCGCCUUGCCCCUCACCAGGCCUCCUUCCGUGACCCCCACUCCGCGGCCGGCCAUUUUCUUGCGAAAUGGCCGAGAUAGUAUGGAUAUAGGGUGUCUCGCUCGAUUGGACAAUGCGGUAGUGAAGAGAAGACACCCGUUUGGUUUGGAGCUCUUUUUCAUUAAGCUGCCAGGAUGCUUCCUUGGGAAUGGGAACUCCGUAUGGGGAAAAUAGAUUUGGGUGUUUAGUGUGACACUUUUUUUGGUUGGUUUGUUCCCGAAAUAGAGUUUUGGAGCAGGAUUUAGAAGGGAUUUUCUCCUUGAAUCCCGGCGGUCUCAACCUUGGGUCCCCUCACGGCGGGGACUACAAUUCCCAUCAUCCCCAGCCACAGCGGCCGAAGUUUGAGACGCCCUGACAAGGAAUUGUCUGGUCCUCUUUUGGGGUUGAACCCCUUCGUGGUUCCAGCAAUGCCUAGCAUUUAUCUUUCCGUGUUCUUCCUCCGGAUCAGGCGAGUAAGCUAAAACGAGUUUCUGUCCCGCAAAUACUGAAUUUGCAUCUGUUGACCUGCCUGUCUCAAAUCGCCACGAUCUUCCGGGAGAUCAGAGAAGCUUCUGGCGGGUUGCUCUCCUUACUUCACCCCUGAACAGGUGGGCUUGGUGGGAUAUGCAUGUCGUAAGUGUCCCAGGAUACGGUCUCAUUGUACAGGAGUACUUGAAUGAAAUAAAUGAAUGUGGUUGUGCCCCCUCAAAACAAUGCAAGACUACUGGUGAAUGUGGGGUUGCCAACUUUUUCACUGGCCCUGCUCUUGUGCCUUGAACAUGUUCCCGCUCUAGCUAGCAACCUUGGUUCUUCAGCUCUUGACGAACUACAGUUCUGGCUUGGGAUGAUGGGAGUUGUAGUCCAGCAACAGCUGGGGUGCCAAGGUUGCCUCCCCUGAGAUAGCGUCUUCUUGUGGGGAAGACGUCACCUGCUUAAUGUCGGGGCUGCUGUUAAAGGCAGAGGAGCCGGGCCAGUUAUGCCAAACAGAAAAGCUGGCAACUCUAGGUGCAUAUUUAACAUCAGUGUUUGCUGCCAAUUAAUGUUGUCUGUGUAGGGUUGUGUGUGUGUUCAUACUGCAUCCCCACCCCACCCCCAUUGUAGCGACACGGUUGAAUAAAGCCGGUUGUGUUUUGCGUU